AUGACCAGCUGCAGAUCUGUGGUAUCAGCGUUCAAGAAGGAUACAGAACUGGCAGGAGGUCAGAUCCAAGCAGACGAAGGAAGUCAGGCUAACCCACAGGGCAAUGUCAGAAGGCAGAUCCAGGUUCAGUCCACAAGAAGAAUCCAACAGGAGUCCGGAGAUAGGUCAGGCAAACAGAUCAGACAGGAGCAGGCAGGCUCAAGAGAAUCCAAGCGACAUCAGAAUUGUUCUGAUUGGGAAGACUGGCAGCGGGAAGAGCUCAUCAGGAAACACUAUCCUGGGAAAAAACCAUUUGAAGCCAGAUCAAGUCAGAGAUCAGUCACAAAGAAAUGUGUUAAGACAAAGACUGAAGUAGAUGGUCGUUCAGUUUAUGUGGUCGACACACCAGGUCUUUUUGACACCAGUUUGAGCCUCGAGGAGAUCCAGGAGGAGUUGGUGGGGUGUAUUAAUUAUGUGGCUCCAGGACCCCAUGUUUUCCUGCUGGUUAUACGGAUUGGAAGAUUCACAUCAGAGGAGAUACAGACAUUAGAAAAUAUCAAAAAAAUAUUUGGGAAAAAUUCAGAAAAGUUCACCAUUGUUCUUUUAACUGGAGGAGAUUCUUUGGAAGAAGAGGGUUCCACAGUUAAAGAUUACAUUAAAAAUGAAAGUGAAGAUUCUUUCAAGAAGCUGAUUAAAGACUGUGGAGGAAGAUACCAUUUGUUUAACAAUAAGGAUCCAGCCAACCGUACUCAGGUCAGAGAGCUGAUCAAAAAGAUCGACACCAUGGUGAAGGAAAAUGGAGGAAGCUGCUUCACCAAUGAGAUGCUGCAAGAGGCCCAGGCUGCUAUACAAAAGAAUAUGAAGAAUAUUCUUAAAGAGAGAGAAGAAGAAAUUAAGACAAAAGUUGAAGAACUUGAAAUAGACCAUGAAGCAGAAAUUGAGGUCUUGAAAAGAAGACUUGAAAAAGAGAGAGCAGAAAAUGAACUUAAGAAAAAAUAUAUGCUGGAAAUGGAGGAAAAGAUCAAGCGAGAAAAUGAGCAGAGAAUGAGAGAGCAGGAAUAUAGGGAGGAAGAAGAGAGAAGGAGGGAAAUGGAAAAAGAAAUGGAAAACUUAGUACUGAUGGACGAGCUGGUAGCUUUGGAGGAAAAGAUGCAAUCAGGACUGCAAGAUAGAGUAACUGAACAAUUCCUGGAAAAAGAAAAACGAGAAUUGGAAGAGAAAAAAUGGAUGAUGGAGAAAGAACGACAAGAGUGGUGGGAAAAGAAACGAGAGGAAGAAAAACAGAGGAGGCUGAGAGAGCAGCUGAGAAUGAAUGAACUGAAAGAGGAAUAUGAAAAGGCUAAAAGGAAUGCAGAAGAGAUUCUUAAAGAACAGCAUGAAAAGGAGCUCAGACAUCUGAAGGAGGAGUACCAGAAAAAACAGGAAGAAAUGAAAACUACAUUCAUUGAUGAGGUUAGAAAAGAAGCAGAGAAGAAAGGAUUGUCGAAAUCUUUCUGGGAUUUUCAAUCAAUCUUCAAACAAGUAGAAAAAAAAAUAUGCAGUGUCCAAUAAUCCAUCUCUGUGUGACCCGAGCAGGACAUGUUACCGCUACAUAAUCAAACUCUGGUCAGAACAAUGACAACUGAUAAUUAUACAAGAACAUUAAUCAUUCUUUCCAUACUAAUUUAAAAGAAAGGCAUGAUCAAUCUCUGGUUGGUAGAGUAACAGAGCAGGUGGACGACAAACAGCGGCUCUUGCCUUAGCCCUUGUGUCUGGGGUCUGAUUCCUUCCUAGAGGUAAUUUCCUGCAUGUCCUCUGCUCUCUGUCUCCACCUGCUGAGCCUCUGAUGAAUAAAUACAUUUAGUGAAAAUACAAUAAAAGUGGGGUUACUCCAUCUUUUCUUUUAAUCAUGAAACUGAUCGACUAAAUUUCCAAAUGUUUAAAAUUCAUGUAAUUUGAUUUCUUUAACAUCCAUCCAACCAUUCAUUUUCCGUCACGCUUAUCCCUGCGGGGGUUACGAGGGGUCCUGGUGCCUAUUUUCAGCUGUCAACGGGAGAAAGGUGGGGUACACCCUGGACAGGUUGCCAGUCCAUUGUACUAGAGCCAGAGUACCUGGAGACAACCGAUGCAUGCUUAGGGAGAACAUGAAAUAUCCAUGCAAAAAAGAUCACAGGCCAGAAAUCAAACCCAGAACCUUCUUUAUUUUUAUUUACUGUAUAUUUAGUGAAAUAAUAUGGUGUUUAAAAAUUCUUAAAAUCCUUAUAAAUACAAGUAUAUUUGAUUGUUUAUGACUAUGAAGCUCUUAUAAUUAAAUGCCUAAAACUAUUUCAAAAACCAUAUUAACCUAAGCAUAUUUUAAAUUAGUCAUGUAGCCUAUGUAGGCCCUUAAGCUGUGUCUCUUAUCACUGCAGUAAAAUAAAAAAUUUGAAAAACUGUUUAGUUUUUGUCCUUUGUGCUGUGUAAUUUUUGUAAUGAAAUUUCAAAAAAGAAAAUACUCAAAUGUAGUCGACAUUAUCAUGAGGAAAAUAUUGUGUCAUUGCUGAGUUAUUGGAUCAUCCAAUAAACUGGUGAAGAUUGGCAAGAAGGACACAAUAAUGGAACAAGCGACACAAAGAGCCAAGAAACGGUGCCCUGCGGAGUCUGAUCCACUAAUCUACUACUUUGUUUAUUCUCUUCACAAUAAUGUUCUACAACCUUUCAGCUGCUGUGGAUUUCUGAG